AUGACUUCUCAACAGAGAGAAACUACGGUUUCGGUGCCGCUCACACCGACAAGAUCGGAUUUAUAUUGGCGGAGAAUAUUCAAUAAAUACGACAGAGACAACGACGGCAGGAUAUCGUACGUGGAGCUGAAGAACAUAAUAGAGUCGCGCGAGUACGACCACGACUUGCCCGACAACGUGGUGGAGAAGAUUAUGGCGCUGGCCGACCGCGACAACUCCGGCUACCUGGACUUCGCCGAGUUCGUGGACAUGAUGCACAACCCGGACCUGAAGGCGGUGUUCGGCCACUUCGUCGCGCGAUACGUGCACUCGAUAAUACCGCAGCGGGACCCCGUCGACACGACCGGAACGUGGCCAGGAUUCCGAGCGGUGUCUACGUACGAUCGCGCUCCGACCCGUAGCAAAUCCUACUUCACCUACACAGACGGCACAUACGAGGAGGAGUACAGCUGUUGGCCGCCGGCCGUCUGCAUGAUACUCAUCUCGCUGGCGGAGAUAGUGCUGUUCUGCUAUGACGCCGCCCAAGGGAAGACGGACGCGACGGGCCCCAUCGCCCAGAUCUUCAUCUACAACCCGCACAAGCGCGAGGAGGCAUGGAGAUUCCUCACAUACAUGCUGGUACACGUCGGCGUGGUUCACUUGUUAGUGAACCUUUUAGUCCAGCUGUUCCUCGGCGUGCCGCUGGAGAUGGUGCACCGGUGGUGGCGGGUGGUGCUGGUGUACCUGGCGGGCGUGGCGGCCGGCUCGCUGGCCACCAGCCUCACGGACCCCAAGGUCUACCUGGCCGGCGCCUCGGGCGGGGUCUACGCGCUCAUCGCCGCCCACAUCGCCACCAUAAUCAUGAACUGGGCGGAGAUGGAGUUCGCUGUGGUGCAGCUGCUGGUUUUCGUUCUGCUGGCCGCCGUGGACGUGGGCACGGCGGUGUACGACCGCUACUGGGGCAGGCUGCAGCAGAACAUCGGCUACGUGGCGCACUUGGCCGGCGCCGUGGCCGGUCUACUAGUGGGUAUAGGAGUUCUGCGGAACCUCGAAAAGAGGAAGUGGGAGAAGAGAUUGUGGUGGGCGGCGGUGGUUAUCUAUUUCUCCCUCAUGAUAGCUGGCGUUUUAGCCAACAUCUUUUGGUAUUCACACUUCCAGCAG